AUGCAUAUGAAAAAGAAUAUUCCAUUUGCUGUGUUUCUUCGAGCUAUUAGAUAUUGUUCGACAUUUGAAGCAUAUUUAAAUGAAUGUGAAAAGUUACGAAUGGCUUUAUUAUUAAACAAAUAUCCAGCUGGUUUUAUAGAAAAACAAUUCAGUCGUGUAUUACAUCAAAAUAAUAUCAAUCAAGUGUUAACAUCUAAAAAUUACGACACACUACGUGAAAAAAUUAUUUCUACUGGAAUAGAAGAAAAAAUUCCAAUUGAUCAUGGGAAGUCAAUGUUUGUUCAUUUUACAUUCGGUUUAAAUAUGAAAACAUUCCCAACAAAAUUUCAUAUCCUUUGGAAUGAAUAUUUUAUCGAAUCUCCUAUUAACGAAAUUAGACCAAUUCUUGGUACACGUAAUGUUCAAAACUUACAACGACAGCUAGUACACAAUAAAUAA